AUGGGUAGUGCUAAAUCAGCAAUGCUGAUCCUCUUACUAGCAACGGCCAUCGCAUCUUGUGCGAUGGCCAUGGACAUGUCCGUCAUUUCCUUCGACGACAACCACCACGUGACCGCUGGUCCUGGCCGCCGCCAGAGCGUUUUUGACGCUGAGGCAGCGUUGAUCUUUGAGUCAUGGAUGCUUAAACAUGAGAAAGUGUACAACUCUGUUGCUGAAAAGGAACGGCGUUUAACUAUUUUCGAGGACAACCUCCGAUUCAUCACUAACCGAAACGCUGAGAAUCUCGGCUAUCGGCUCGGUUUGACCCGGUUUGCGGAUUUAUCUCUCCAUGAGUACGGAGAAAUUUGCCACGGGGCUGAUCCAAGACCACCUAAGAACCACGUCUUCAUGACUAGUACCGACCGAUACAAGACUAGUAAUGGUGAUGUGCUGCCUAAGUCCGUUGACUGGAGGAACGAAGGCGCAGUGACUGAAGUCAAAGAUCAAGGCCAUUGCAGGAGUUGUUGGGCGUUCUCAACUGUGGGGGCAGUGGAAGGCUUAAACAAGAUAGUGACAGGAGAGUUAGUCACAUUGUCUGAGCAAGAUUUGAUUAAUUGUAACAAAGAAAAUAAUGGUUGCGGAGGAGGCAAAGUCGAGACUGCCUAUGAGUACCUAGUUAACAAUGGUGGUCUUGGUACCAGUAACGAUUAUCCUUACAAAGCUGUUAAUGGAGUUUGCGACGGCCACCUCAAGGAAAACAACAAGAAUGUAAUUAUGAUUGAUGGGUAUGAGAAUUUGCCUGCAAACAACGAACUUGCUCUAAGGAAAGCGGUUGCUCACCAGCCUGUAACAGCCGUUAUCGAUUCGAGCAGCCGGGAAUUUCAGCUUUAUGAAUCGGGUGUGUUUGAUGGAACAUGCGGAACAAACCUAAACCAUGGAGUUGUUGUGGUCGGGUAUGGAACAGAGAAAGGGCGUGACUAUUGGAUUGUGAGAAACUCGUGGGGCAACACAUGGGGAGAAGCUGGCUACAUGAAGAUGGCUCGUAACAUUGCCAACCCAAGAGGUUUAUGUGGCAUCGCAAUGCGAGCUUCAUACCCUCUCAAGAACUCCUUUUCUACUGAUAAAAGCCCUAUCGUUUGA